UUGGGCCUCCUGUCCUCCCUCACAGGUACUGGAGCUGAUUGUCCCUCUGAUUGGUCCUCCUUUAGACGGUAUUGCUACCAGGUCUUCCAACAAAAGAUGAACUGGGAAGAUGCAGAGAAAUUCUGCACACAACAGCACACAGGCAGCCAUCUGGUCUCCUAUGAGAGCAGUGAAGAAGUAGAUUUUGUGGUCUCGAAGACCUUACCAAUUUUGAAAGCCAGUUUUGUCUGGAUCGGACUGAGCAAUGUCUGGAAUGCAUGCAGGUUGCAGUGGAGCGAUGGCACCGAGCUUAUGUACAAUGCCUGGACUGCAGAAUCUGAGUGUAUCGCAUCCAAGACAACUGAUAACCAAUGGUGGAGUAUGGACUGCAGCAGUAAACGCUAUGUCGUCUGCAAGUUCUAGGCAUAGUCUGAAGAUGCAGCUGUCUGAAGUCUGGAGAAGCAAGGAAGCCC